AUGAUUGCAAUUAUACUCUGUUAUUUCGCAAUUUCCCGGCGAAAAAGGAUUAUCAAUUUUCAGCACUCUUUUUACGUUACUUCAUCUAACGAAGACGUAAAGUCAGAGGAAUGGUAUCCGAAGCAUGUCACCGACUUGGACCAUAUCUGUGACAAAGUCAUUAUGUACGACCCAAACAACUGCUGUGGAUUGGAUGCAAAUCAUCCUAGUUUUAAAGAUAAGGAAUAUCGGAAGAGACGAGAAUGGUUUUUGAAAAUUUCGAAUGAUUAUAAACAUGGCACACCAAUACCACGAAUGGAUUAUACAACAGCUGAAACAAAAACAUGGUGUACAAUUUAUCGUGACUUGAAAAUAUUGCAUAAUAAAUUUGCUUGCAAAGAAUUUUUGGAUAAUUUUAAAUUACUCGAGGAACAAUGUGGUUAUUCUGAGAAACAAAUUCCACAACUGGAAGAUAUUUCAAAGUAUCUCCAAACUAAAACUGGCUUUACCUUACGUCCAUGCGGUGGUUACUUAACUCCUCGAAAUUUUCUCACUUCAUUAGCAUUUCGUGUAUUUUGUUGUACGCAGUAUAUACGUCAUCAUACUGAUCCACAUUAUACACCUGAACCUGAUUUAUGUCAUGAAUUACUCGGUCAUAUGGCAAUGUUUUUGAAUCCAACAUAUGCUCAACUUAGUCAAGAAAUUGGUAUUGCAAGUCUUAAUUGUUCUGAAAAAGAUUGUAAUGCUUUGAUACGGCUUUAUUUUUUCACAUUUGAGUUUGGUCUAUUGGUUGAAGGUGAAAAAUUUGAUGAAAAAAAACGAAAUUUGAAGGCUUAUGGUGCAGGAUUGCUUUCAUGUUUUGAUGAAUUAAAGUUUUCUGUUUCAUCGAAUGCUAAAAUUUGUCGAUUUGAACCAGAUAAUGUAAUUGAAAUAGAACCUGAAGUUACCAAAUUUCAAAAGUGUUAUUUCUAUUCGAUGACCAUUAAUGAAGCAUUUCAUAAAAUAAAGUCUUAUAUUUCAACAAUUAAAAGACCAUAUUCAUUUCAUUACGAUCCGCUUACACAAUCAAUAAAAAAAUUAACGAAUGAUUUACAUUGA